AUGAAAUUCUCGUCGACAACUUUCAUUUUGCUGGCCGCCAGCGGGCAGGCACUCGGCUCGUGGAAUCACUGGCUGAGAAACGUUACUGUGACAGAGACCGUGACAAGGGCUAUUCAGUCCUGUCCUUGCAAUGGUGAGGAGCAAAAUGUCACUCCCCUUCCUCGGAGCGAAGGCGUACAACACUUUCGAAAGCCCGGGCCGCCUUUCGCGCCAUUCGGACCGCCUUUCUCCCAGAGACCCGGAAAGCCUCUCUCCAACACUGGUCCUAACAACGAGCCAUGGGCCAACUGGUUUGGCCCGCCCACCACGAAGUCGCCUAAUCCGUUGAGCACUUCAGCCUCUUCGCGACUUCUCAGCUCAUCGUCAAGCGCUGGACCCUUUGGGGGCUCGGCCAGCUCUAGGCCGAACGGCUACCCCGCCGCUCCAAACUCGAGCACUUCGCUGUCAUCUUCCAUAUCAACGACGAGUAGUCGCGAGGGCGGCAGUACAAUCGGAGGCUCCACUUCAUCCUCCCCCACCAUCUCGACCUCAACAAGCAGCAGCUUCGGCAGCAGCCCUGCCACGACAGUAUCUCCCACCAGUAUAAGCAAUAGCCUUGGACCAGUUGGAGGCACAAGCGCAACGUCUACCUCAACUACCUUGGCUGCUUCGACUACCCCGGGCAGCAGUAGCGCCAGCUCAGUGGGAGGUAAUACCACGAGCUCCUCGAGUCCGAGCAGAGUCUCGACGAGCUUUAUCACGACUUCCUCCUCUACGCCUUCUACCAGCAGUUCGACAGAUUCCAGCCCGGCCUCCACAAGUAGUUCCCUUCGAAACUCUUCCACCAUCGAGGGACCCGCUUCUACUACCACUCUUUUGACGACCACGAGCGGCGCCACCGCUGUGACUACGUCCUCCUCCAUCUCCACUACCACCACCGCUUCGCCUGUCGCUGUCGUGACGGCUGAUGUGAGCUCAUUUAGCACCACCGACGCCAUUCUGGAAGCACACAACAUUCAUCGAGUGAACCACACAGCUGCUAACUUGACUUGGUCUGAGAACUUGGCCAGUAUCGCCGCGGAUAUUGCUGUCACUUGUAUCUACGCUCACAAUACCACCGCUGGCGGAGGAGGUUAUGGGCAGAAUAUUGGUGCCGGGUAUACGCCCAAUCGAGUACCGGCAAUGAUUGGCAACAGCAUGUACAAAACGGAGAUGCCAAACUACCCGCUGCCCUACGGACAGGACAACGUCGACGUGUCCAACUUCAACAACUGGGGUCACUUCUCACAGAUUGUGUGGAAAGACACGCGUGAGGUUGGCUGUGCGACCCAGUAUUGUCCGAACGGAUUGGCGAAUACUGGGUCUGGCACCAGCCCGUAUUUUACAGUUUGCAACUAUAGCCCAGCUGGCAAUAUCCAAGGCCAGUACAGCCAAGUUGGCGCUCCUCAGGGCCAGCCCAUCACAGAAAUACUGCCCAAUUAA